ACAGACUUUACCAUCACCAUUGUCACGGACAACAUCUGUCCCUGGAUACAUAUAUACCCCCGAUGCUACACUGGCAAAAAGAAGCUCGACAAGGUUAUCGAGCUUCACUGGAAGGUAUACCCCGGCGGCAAAGGCGAUAGUUUUACCAUAUCUUGGUUCCCGUUAUACCUGGACGAGUCUAGUCGCUGCCCACAGAGGGCAUCCCCGUUUUCGACCGCCUCAGCAGCGCUUAGGUGCGGACCGUGCACCGAGUUCCAGGAGCGUCUAUGCAACAUGGGCGCUCAGGAGGGUACCUUCUUCAAUUCGCGGGAAGAAUCGGUAAUGCCCGCGACUCGCAUCGGCUGUUCCAGCUGGGCAAGACGAAGGGGACCGAGAUGGAGAAUCGGGUCGUGAUGGGAUUAUUUCGGAGUUACUUUAAAAGUACUGGCAAAAUUACCUGCCACGAAAUGCUGGUUGAGGCAGACGUCAAGGCAGGGAUUGAAGAGGCGGGAGUACGGGAGUGGCUGGAAAGUGGAAAGGGCGGGGGGGAGGUCGAUGCCGAAGUGCAGGAGGCAGAGAGUGAGGGAAUACGGGGCGCCCUCACAUUACCAUUGAAAAGUACGAGGAUGUUGGCGCGCAGCAUCCUCAGCAGUUCAUGGAGAUGUUUCCCAAGGUCCAGGACGAGGAGUUGCAUAGCUGAUCGGUUGGAUUGUACAAUAGAAGAAAGGAAGCCAAUAUCUUAGGGUUAGGGCUACUCACGGUUAUCCUCUCUUCUGUCCCAUUGUCUGUCCGGUCUCAACCCUCGUUUCCCUCCUGAUUACUCCUUGCACUCGCUUAUGCAAGUCCACCUUUCCCUGGCCAGCCUGAGCACGCCUGACGCUCUUGCAUGGGGCCGGAGCGAUGACCUCUGGGACGACGAAGGCGUCGAACAAGCCCGAUUUCAAUCUGUCGCAAAAUCUUCCCUUUCGCACGCCAGCAAUUGAUGACUCAGCAGGCCCGGGCCAGCUCCUUGCCCGAAGUUUUGCCGGCCGAGAACCCGUUCGCGUUCCCGGAGUGGGG